AUGGCUACUGCUUCCAUAUCAACACCCCUCAAAAGCCAUCAUGGUCUCUUCUCCUCCCGUACCGCGGGUGGUCGUAUGCCCCUCACACCUUCGCCGCGUACAAGGACGACGAGUUUAGCGACUAAUGCGUCCAACGAUACCUCUCCCUUCACUCCACCUCGGCAGACGAAUGAAAGUACUCGACAUGUCUCACGAUCGACCUAUGGACGUGUCUCGUCAAACUUCCCAAGAUCUGCUUCAAGGGCAUAUCAGGAUUCGCCAAAAUCAAAUAUUGCCCAAGGUAGAAAAACUCCGAGGCAUCUGGAGCUUGGUGUCUCAGAUUGGACUUUGACGGGCACCGGACCUACCACGACCCAGACUCCGUCAAAAAGCGCCAGUCGAAAGAAGGGCCCCUUGCGAACCAAGUCUGGCAAGACUACGAUACGUCUUGAAGCCGGCGAUCGUUUCAUUCCAAGCCGAACAACGAGUGACGCUUUGAAGGUAGAUGGAUCGUUUCAAUCUGAUGGAGACGGUUCACGACCAAACACUAGUAGCGGCGAAGGCUCAAGCGUCUUAGCUAAUGCAGCAAGUGCUUUCUCGAUAGGCGGACAGACCACAGAUGAAGAUGCCACUCUAGCUCUUGAAGGUCUGAACUUGGAGGACAAUGAAGACAGCACGUCAUAUACCAAGCCAACGAGGGAUGCUGUUGCAUAUCAAUCGUCACUUGCUUCUGCUUGUGGUGUCUCGCUCAAUCAACGGAUCCUAGCCUUCAAGCCAGCCGCACCAGAGUCAUCUAAGCCAAUUGACCUUCGGUCGCAGUAUAACCGACCUCUGAAGAAUGCAGCGACAUCAGCUCAGUUCCGGCGCAGAGUCUUGACUGCUCCCGAGCGUGUGCUUGAUGCCCCUGGCCUAGUCGACGACUACUAUCUUAAUCUGCUUGACUGGAGCUCCAGCAAUCAAAUCGCAAUCGGCUUAGAGCGAAGUCUAUACGUAUGGUCAGCGGACAGUGGUACGGUCAGCAGUUUGCUCGAAGCCUCACCAGAUACGUACAUAAGCAGUGUCAAAUGGAGCGGUGAUGGUGCGUACGUGGGUGUCGGACUGGGUACGGGCGAGAUCCAAAUCUGGGAUGUUGAAGAACGUACAAAGCUUCGUAGCAUGUACGGUCAUGACACUCGCGUUGGCGUCAUGGGCUGGAACAAACACAUCCUCUCGACCGGAGCUCGAAGCGGAUUAGUAUUCAAUCACGAUGUCCGCAUUGCUCAGCACAAGAUAGCAGAGCUUGUCUCGCACACUUCGGAGGUUUGUGGUCUUGAGUGGCGAUCAGAUGGUCAGCAAUUAGCUACCGGUGGCAAUGACAAUCUAGUUUCAAUUUGGGAUGCUAGAUCAUUGGGUGCGCCAAAAUUUCAGAAGACCAAUCACCGGGCUGCGGUCAAAGCAUUGAGCUGGUGUCCGUGGCAGCCAAACUUGCUUGCCACAGGUGGUGGUUCGUACGAUCGACAUAUUCAUUUCUGGAACACUACAACCGGUGCUCGAACGAACAGCAUUGACACAGGUUCGCAGGUCACAAGCCUACGAUGGAGUAACCAUUACCGCGAGAUCGUGAGCUCGAGCGGAUUUCCAGACAAUUCAUUGAGCGUCUGGAGCUAUCCUACCCUGGUGCGUAAUGUCGAGAUCCCAGCACAUGAGACCAGAGUUCUCCACAGCUGCUUGAGCCCAGACGGUCAGAUGCUAGCAACUGCAGCAGCGGACGAGAGCUUGAAGUUUUGGAAGAUCUUUGAGAAAAAGGCUGGGACAGCAUCGGCGAUCUCGAGAGAAGGAGGCGCAACAGGCAAGGGUGGCGAGAUGAAGAAACAAAUGACAAUUAGGUAG